AGAAGAAGAAGAAUGGCAGUCGAAGGCGUGCCAAAGUUCGUCGUCGACGAAAGUGCGGACACGGACAGACGAGGACAGGAGAGCGACGAGACUAAGGCCAGGCUCGAGUUAGCGGGCGGACGAACGACUGGGCACUGGGCACUGGGCUCCAACCUCAACCUCGACCCCUCCAGUCGCUUCACUUUUUUCUUCGCCAUCGGCACCACCAGAUACACCGUCUGA